GAAUAAGUUGAAGAAAAAAGUCUAAAGCAUGACCGUUGAACAAAAGAAGCGAGGAGUCCAAAUAGUAGAAGGGAACACGAUAUGUGAGUGAGUGAGCAUAGAAAAAAUCAGCAGACGAAAAAAAAAUAAAAAUGGUGUUGAACAGCACGGUGGUUGUUAGAGUUGCACGUGUUUCCGCCGAAGCGUGGCAAUGGUUGUCGGGGAUUGAUGAUCCUAUUAACAGUGACCAGCUUUUGGAUCUCUUUUUCUGUUUCCCUCUUCAUCAUCUUGGUCGUCUUGCUCUUUGUCUUUGUUCUUUUUUCUGUCUCCCUCAACCCUAUUAUUCAUUUUACUCUUAUAUCCCUUCUGACUCUGAUUCUGCUUCUGAUUCUUCUUCCUCUACCCUCACUCUUGAACAUCACUACUAUUACCACUCUCAUUCUGAUUGAAUUUGCCUGCUAAUCCUCUUCAUGAAGUGAUGUAGAGGUCCCCAAUUGCAGUCCCUGGUUUCUCAUUUUAUCCAAUAUCUGAUUGCUAAUGGAUGACACUGAGGACUUUGUGGUGUUUAAACUGCAUCCAUUGUAUAAUAGUAACUUUUACUCUUUGAUUCUUGUAGCUGAUCAAUUGAUCAACUCUUUACAUUUUAUAUCCUAGUAAAGAGUGAUUUUUGAGUGUGUUAAUAUAGUUUUAUAUUGCAAUGGAAAUUACUUUUAAGGGUUGAACAGUGAUAUUAAUUACUUUUAUUCAGAAACUUUGUAUAGUACCUUCGAGGCAUAUUUAUGAAAGUUUGGCCUUUUCUUUUUUUA